CCCCGCAACCGGCUCCAGCUCCCGCUCCCGCUCCCGCCGCCGCGAUGAAGCUGCUGGGACACAAGCUUGAGCUGCUGACAGGGCUCCUGCUCCACGACGUGACCAUGGCCGGGCUGCAGGAGCUGCGAUUCCCCGAGGAGAAGCCACUGCUCCGGGGCCUGGACGUCACGGAGCUGGAGAAUUCUGACAACUUCCUCCUGGCUGAGGACACAGACUGGAAGGAACAUGACAUUGAUACACCCUACGGCCUUUUGCAUGUGGUGAUCCGGGGCUCACCCAAGGGAAACCGACCAGCCAUCCUCACCUACCACGAUGUGGGCCUUAACCAUAAACUGUGCUUCAACACCUUCUUCAACUUUGAAGACAUGCAGGAGAUUACCAAGCACUUUGUGGUGUGUCACGUAGACGCCCCUGGUCAGCAGGUGGGAGCGUCACAGUUCCCUCAGGGGUACCAGUUCCCCUCCAUGGAACAGCUGGCUGCCAUGCUCCCCAGUGUGGUGCAACAUUUUGGGUUCAAGUACGUGAUCGGCAUUGGAGUGGGAGCAGGAGCCUACGUGCUGGCCAAGUUUGCACUCAUCUUCCCUGACCUGGUGGAGGGGCUGGUGUUAAUGAACAUCGACCCCAAUGGCAAGGGCUGGAUCGACUGGGCAGCCACCAAGCUCUCUGGCCUGACCAGCACUUUACCCGACACAGUGCUAUCUCACCUAUUCAGCCAGGAGGAGCUGGUGAGCAACACAGAGCUGGUGCAGAGCUACCGACAGCAGAUCGGGAAUGUAGUGAACCAGGCCAACCUGCAGCUCUUCUGGAACAUGUACAACAGCCGCAGAGACCUGGACAUUAACCGGCCUGGAACAGUGCCCAAUGCCAAGACGCUGCGCUGUCCCGUGAUGCUGGUGGUUGGGGAUAACGCACCUGCCGAGGAUGGGGUGGUUGACUGCAAUUCCAAGCUAGACCCCACCACCACGACCUUCCUGAAGAUGGCAGAUUCUGGGGGACUCCCCCAAGUUACACAGGCACCCAUCAAAGUGAGUGCCUGUCCUUUCCUGCAGCCCGGGAAGCUGACUGAAGCCUUCAAGUACUUCCUGCAAGGCAUGGGCUAUAUUGCUCACUUGAAGGACCGAAGGCUGAGUGGAGGAGCAGUGCCCUCAGCCAGCAUGACCCGCCUCACCCACUCCCGUACUGCAUCCCUCACCAGCGCCGGCUCAGUGGAUGGCAGCCGCCCGCAGGCCUGCACCCACUCGGAAAGCAGUGAGGGGCUGGGUCAGGUCAACCACACCAUGGAGGUGUCCUGCUGAAGCCCCCGGCGCCCCAACCCCCCACCUGCCCCACCCGCAUCACCGUCCCAUUACCAUACUCCUGCUGGCUCGUUUUCCCUUUAGUUUAUUUUUGCUAGGGUGCGGGGGGGGGGGGGGGGGGAGAGAAAUGGUGUUACUUCUCUUCUGUUUUAAAAGACGAAGGGGUCCAUCUUAGAUGCUGUAGCAAAACAGUCUCUAGGUUACAGGGGUUCGUCUCCCCACCCCUGUCACCUUACUCACUGACUCACUUAGCUGACUCAGACCCCACUCAGCUAACUCCCCACACACAGCCCUGACUGACACCAUCAGGGCAGGGCCCACUGUGGGGAAGUGUAGGUAAGGAAUGAAUUUGAGUCCUUCUCUGGCCAGGUUCCAGGAUAAUACUCUACAUUAAAGAGCAUGAAUGACCUCAUUGUGCGGGCAGGUUUGAAGAUGGGGGUGUGGGUUUGAGGUGGUGGGUACUGAGACAGUAGGAGUAUGGGGUCCUGCUCAGACACUGGUACGAGAGCCAGGAGACAGCAACUAGGAGGGAGCCCUGCAGGCCCCUUCUGCCAAGCACACUGAUCCUGACUUGGAGUGUUUGACACAAGAGGACACUCUUGCCAGGCAGCUGAUUUCCUGGGGCUCUCUGGAUAGGAGCGAUGCUGCUGCAGGAUCAGGCAGUCAGACUGAAAAGGGCUUCUCUGCUCUAGGAAGACAAGACACAGAGGACCUUGAGGGCAGGAACCCCAUGCAAUGUCACCUCCUACAACUGUCCCAUUUUCUGAGCCAAGGCCCUGAAACACAAAGUGGCCUGGUUCUCAAUCUUCAUGGGGAUGUGACAGAAAGGAGUCUGAGGUUAAAGGUUGGGAGAGCCCAUGAGAACACUCGGGAGCUAUGUGAACUGUCUUUGGGAGCCAGUAGAUAGAUGGCCGAGAGUUCCCGCAGACUCCUUUUGAGCCCCCAGGUUCCAUGGUGGACAAUUCAAUCAGCAGUGUAGCCAAGGCCAUAAAAACACGGUGUUUCUAGGGAGAGUUCCGGCCAACCUAGGUCAGUGUUUCACACAGGUGUCACCAAGUAAGGAGAAUUUAUUUGGAGCGAGUUGGUCCAAAGUAUUGAGACUUGUGCAGGCACACAUGGCCAUCUUGGCCUGUGGGAAUGGCUGGGGGUGGGAGAUACAGGUUCUGGUCAUGAACAGAGGCAGGCAGAGGAGAAAGGUGACCUCCAUACCCCAUGGUCUCCUGCUACCUGUAGCCCAGAACUGUGCCAUAUACUUUUGUCCACUUAUCAGGCCCAGAAGCCAUUUGUCUUGGAGCGUAAGACAAUUGCUGAUGACAACUUCAGGCUGUAGAGAGGGCAGGUGUCUGUGUGUGUGGGGAGGGGUGUUCUAAGGCUGAAGGACACCUACAUUCACAUUUCCUCUGCAUACAUUAUCCCCCACCCCAGCCUUUCUAUAAUCUUAAGCCAUUAUUAGACUGCUCUAGAGACUGGUGGUGUCAGGUCUGUCCCCAGUUAUAUUCACUCACGUGCUCCCUUUGAAUAUUGAAUGUGACUGAAAAGCCGGUAGAAAUAAUCCCUUACUGUAGAUAGUGCUGCAAAUGUUGGAUUUUUUUUUUCUUCGCUGUGUUCCUUAUAGAUGAGAUAUCUAUAAAUACCUAUACAUCAUAUAUAUGUGUGUGUAUAUAUAUAUAUAUACAUGUAUAUAUAUAUAUGUGUGUGUGUAUAUCUACAUAUCUAUAUAUAUAUAUAUAUAUAUAUAUAUAUAUAUAUACACACACAUAUAAAUGUAUAUUGGGUCCUCCUGUGUGUUUUUUCCCAUCGGAGGUUGUCUUUGAUCAAAGUGAACUUUUAAUGGAGUUUAUUAUUUUCCUCUCUGUACAAAGUGCUGAGCCUAAUAUUGUGUAUUCUGGUGGUUGAUGCCAUGAGACUGAGAUGACAAAAUGUAAAGCAAAUAGCCCCCCUGUUGAUGUAGAAAGAGUUAACUGUACUGAAAAACUAAUAAAAUGAAAAAUUCAAGGA